AUGUCGAGCCCCACCACAAUUCAUAAAGAACCUGAACAAGGCUCUGUCCACUCUACCAGCUCCAUCAAAAAGUCCUCUUCACAAACCGAACACCAGGGACGAUUUCGAAAAUUGUUUUCGUGGCUCGGAUUCCAGAAAAACUACAAUGUGCCAUUGUUCAUCAUAUUUGCUGGAGCGAUGUUGGGAUUCAGUCUGGCGAGGCUAGAAUAUCUUGACAUAGGUGGCCGUUUCCGCAAAGGUUCAGCACCAGGAGAGUGGUAUUGGUACCGAGGAGGUAUUGGUCGCAUUGGCAUCACACUUCACCUUGCUGGCGUACUCCCUGCCGGUAUUCUCAUGAUCUGGCAGUUUGUGCCUGCGAUCCGACGGCGCUGGAUCGCCUUCCACAGAAUCAAUGGCUAUGUUGUGAUCAUGUUGUUGCUCCUGGGCAAUGUCGGGGCUUUCAUGAUCAUGCGUCAUGCCUUUGGUGGCGAUUUGUCUACCCAGGCGGCAUCAGGAUUUUUGGGAAUAUAUACCACCGUUGGGAUGGGACUGGCAUAUUACAACAUCAAGGUGCUUCAAGUCGAUCAACAUCGAGCGUGGAUGCUCAGAACAAUGAUCAUGUUCGGCGUCAUCAUCACCACUAGAAUCAUAGCCAUCAUCACGGCGCAGAUUACCACGGUGAUCGGGUCUUACCAUGUCAUCAUGAAUUGCGGCGAGCUUGCUGUCAUGAACGACUUUUCCUACCUAUCGACCAACUAUCCUCAAUGUCUAGCAAAUUCCACGAUUGUGGAGGGAGUUCUCAAUGUUGUCAAGGCCAAGUUUGGCGAGAAUGUGGAAACGACUGGCGCGUCUUUACGGAUUGGGUUUGGAAUGGCAUUGUGGUUGUCAAUUGCGCUACAUGGCAUUGGAGCGGAGGUUUACCUCGCCCUCACCCCCCGAGAAGCGCAUAGACUUAGGAUGACGUCGUAUGAGAAACAACUGGAGGCGGGAAUGGCAAACCCAGGAUCGGCUGGCCUGGUGGUUGAGAAAUUUGGGGAUGCCCAAGCCUGGAUUCCACGUUGA